AUGCGUACAAAAGCCUUGCGACUCCUGCGUAGAGAGGAAGGGACUGAUGCGGUGCCCGUGGAGAAACACAGAGGUCCCCAGGGUGAGGAUAUUCACGCUGUUCCUGCACCAAAGAGCGCAGCUGAAGCUGCUGGCACAGCCCAGCUCCCGAGUCUGCUGGCCCGGGGCCGGCGGCCCCCGCACCCCCCCACCCUGCAUAUGGUCAUCGAGGCGCUGCGGGCCCAGGACCAGAGGAAGGGCGUCUCCGUCGUCGCCAUCAAGCGGUUCAUCCUGACCAAGUACCCUGCUGUGGACCCUGUCCGCCUCAAGUACCUGCUGAAGCAGGCGCUGAGCAAGGGGCUGAGCCGCGGGGACCUGGUGCGGCCCCGCAACUCCUCCGCCAUGGGGGCCACCGGCCGCUUCAAGUUAGCCCCCAAGAAGCUGCAGCCAAAGCAGCCGCCGGGCCAGGCGGAUCCUGAGAAAGGACAGGCCCCAAAGCCGGGACGGAAAGGGACCACCAAGCCCCCCCAGGCCCCCGCAGCGGGUGCGUGACAAUGAGGCACCGCAAAGGAGAAGCCGACAGCAGCGAAACGGAAGCCGAGGGCGAAGCCCGUGGACGCCAGGCCGCCAGCACCAGCGAAGCCCAGGAGUGGUGGAGUGAAGCCCCCGCAAGCUGCCGGCCGCCCCUGGGCACCUGGCAAAGGACCUCCAGGGCCCCCUGCAGCUGCUGAGAGCGCAGGAGGGGGCAAUGAUGACAGCCCUGUGGGUGCUGGGGCAAAGGGGCCCCGAAAGGCGCCAGUGGGAAAGAGUAAGAGGAAGGUGCCCAAGGGUGCACAGCAAGAUGCCCCCAAGGCGAAGGGGGAUCAAGGCAAGGCGAGAAAGCCCCGGGUGACCCCAGGAGCCGGCCAGGGGGAGGCUGGGCUGCGGAAGGCAGCCCCCCCACCAGCAGGCAGGAAGGUCCCAUAG